UAACUGGACUGUCCAAUUUCCCCCAGAGAUGACUCAUUGACCGAGCCAUCCAUUCUCUCCCGGAGCUGACUGACUGACUGAAUUUUCCAUUUUUUCCUGCAGCUGACUGACUGACUGAAUUUUUCAUUUUUUCCGGCAGCUGACUGACUGAUCAACUUUACCGUUUUCCCUCCCGGAGCUGAUUGACUGACUUUUCUAUUUCCCCCCCCGGAGCUGGCUGGCUGAGUUUUCCAUUCUCCCUCCCGGAGCUGAGGCCCAUACUGAGGUUUGAAUUCUCCUCGGAGCCAGUGGGCGGGCUUUGACGCUCUGACUGACUGGGCCGUCCAACAUGGCGGGGAAGGCGGCCGGCCGAGGCUUCUACCUCAACACCGUGCUCAGCCUGGCCCGCUCGCUGGCCGCGCAGAAGCCGGCUCCCAUCGAGAAGGUGGAAAAGCUGUUAUGCAUGUCCCCUGUGGAUUUCCAUGGCAACUUCCAGCUGGAUGAGCGACGGAGAGAUGCAGUUAUUGCACUGGGCAUUUUUUUGACGGAAUCAAACCUUCAGCACAAAGAAACCGUCGUCCCUUAUCUGCUCCGCCUCCUGAAAGGAUUACCCAAAGUACAGUGGAUUGAAGACAGCUCAGGGAGAAAACAUCGAGGAAAGCUUCCAAUUGCUGAAAACUUCAGCUUCUGCUUAGUGACUCUACUUUUUGAUGUAGCCCAGAAAGAUUCUACGUUAACAGGACAGAUUCUAAAGGCAAUAUUGGAUGUAAUGGAAGUGCUUUUGGGAAUGUGUCUGGCACCUCAGACUCAGGAUAAAGAAAACAUGUGCAGAUGCACGGUGCCAUGUUUGAUUGGAAUGGCAAGGGCAUUUGGUCGUUACAGUUACAUGGACGAAUCCCUUCUGUCAAAACUGUUUCCCAAAAUAACGGCACAAUCACUCAAGGCUCCGAGUGAGAUGGACGGACUGAGGAGGCGUUCCUUCAAUGACUUUCGAUCGAUCCUACCCAGCUCCCUUUUGACUGUCUGCCAGUCAUGUGAUAGCUUGCGGCAAAAGACCAGCAGUGUGACCAAUGUCUCCCAGGGGAGUCCAGAACGCUCAACUGCUGUUCCUUGCUCACCUGGAGGGAACAAUAUGCAGUAUUUUGAAGGUUCGUACCUACCAGAUGGUGGUGCUUUGGAUCCCCAUUAUUAUUUUUCAACCAUUAGUUCAAGUUUCUCAGUCUCCCCGUUGUUCACUGGCUAUAGUACAAAAGAAUUUCACAUUCCACUUGAAAACCUCCGACAGCUCCUACAAAUGCUCUAA